GUCCGAACUGGUGGGCGGGGCGAUCUCUCCGUGCAGAAGAAACAAGUGGGGAGUUUUGCUGCUUCUUGUGGCUCUUUUCUGUCAUGGAGUUGCCGCAGAAAAAUGGUCGUCGUGCUGCGUCCCUGACGUGCUGCUUGUGUGUGCUUCUUCUGCAGCUGCAGGCGGCUUGGACUGGAGACUGUCCCUCCGAUGGACGCACCUGGGUGCCCUUUAAAGACAGAUGCUACCACUUUGUCCACGGAGAAGAAGACAAACUCAAAGUGUAUAAUUUUGAGAGUGCCAAAAGCCUCUGCCCACACUCUGAGCUGCUGUCCAUCCAGAGCGCUGAGGAGAAUGACUUUGUGGUUAAAUAUAGUCCCGAGGUGUGGAAAGGCGAAGUCAACGUGUGGCUCGGAAUGUAUUACGAUACAAACAGUGAAGGCAUGAUGUGGUUCGACGAAGAGCCGGUCAAGUUUACCAACUGGGAACCGGGCUCGUCCCCGUCGGACUUUGUGCCCAUGGAAACGUGCGUGGCCGUGCACAGCGACACGGGCAAGUGGGAACGUGUCAGCUGCUUGGACGAUCUGGAGAACGGAGUGGUCUGCGAGACGGCUCAGAGUACGGCUUCACAUCUCCUUCGUACGAGACGCUGAUCCAUCUCUGAAGCGCUUUUUU